CAUCUUCUCCGCCCGUCGGAGUUGGGCAAGAAGCGGGGAGAUGUAUAUAUACAUCUCUCUGUGUUGCCGACUUGGUACCUCUUGGGAGAGAGUCUCUUUCUCCGGCGGCUCUUCGCAUCCUCCCGAGGAGUCCUUCUCCACGUCGGGUCCGGCUUAAUUCCCACGAAAUGGCAAGCAGGCCAGACUGUGCCAGGGAACAGCUGAAGCGCUGGAAAGAGGAGCGCGAAUCUCAGGAGCCAGAUGCUGUGACUACAGCAGCCGGAAUCCCAGUGGGAGACAAGCUAAAUGUCCUGACUGUGGGUCCACGAGGUCCUCUCUUGGUUCAGGAUGCGGUUUUCAUUGAUGAGAUGGCACAUUUUGACCGAGAGAGGAUUCCUGAAAGAGUUGUUCAUGCCAAAGGAGCAGGUGCUUUUGGCUAUUUUGAAGUGACUCAUGAUAUCACCCAAUAUUGCAAAGCAACGGUAUUUGAGCAUAUUGGUAAAAGAACUCCAAUUGCUAUUCGAUUUUCUGUUGUUGCUGGUGAAUCGGGUUCAGCUGACACAGUUCGUGAUCCUCGAGGCUUUGCAAUGAAAUUCUAUACAGAAGAGGGAAACUGGGACCUUGUAGGGAACAACACUCCCAUCUUCUUUAUUAGAGAUGCAAUUCUGUUUCCAUCCUUUAUCCAUAGUCAAAAAAGGAAUCCGCAGACCCAUCUGAAAGAUCCAGACAUGGUAUGGGACUUUUGGAGUCUUCUUCCUGAGUCUCUGCACCAGGUAUCAUUUCUGUUCAGUGAUCGUGGCAUUCCAGAUGGAUUUCGUCACAUGCAUGGCUUUGGAUCACAUACUUUCAAGCUAGUGAAUGCUAGCGGAGAAGCAGUGUACUGCAAAUUUCAUUCGAAGACUGACCAGGGAAUCAAAAAUCUUACUGUUGAAGAAGCAGAAAAGCUGGCUUCUAAAGAUCCUGACUAUAGUCUGCGUGAUCUUUACAAUGCUAUUGCUAAUGGAGAUUAUCCAUCAUGGAGUUUCUAUAUUCAGGUCAUGACAUUUGAACAAGCUGAGAAUUUUCCAUUCAAUCCUUUUGAUGUAACUAAGGUUUGGCCUCAUGGGGAUUAUCCUCUCAUUCCUGUCGGAAAGAUUGUCCUAAACAGGAAUCCUGUCAACUAUUUUGCUGAAGUGGAACAACUUGCCUUUGACCCAAGCAACAUGCCUCCAGGAAUUGAACCUAGCCCUGAUAAAAUGUUACAGGGACGUCUCUUUUCCUACCAAGAUACUCACAGACACCGCUUGGGACCUAAUUAUCUGCAGAUUCCUGUAAAUUGCCCAUACCAAACUCAAGUGGCCAACUACCACAGAGAUGGAUUAAUGUGCAUAUCUGGCAAUCAAGGUGGUGCUCCAAACUAUUAUCCAAACAGUUUUAGUGGUCCUGUGGACCAUCCCAAUUUGAAGAACUCUCAUGUAUAUAUUUCAGGUGAUGUACAGCGCUUCAAUAGCGCAAAUGAGGAUAAUGUGUCUCAGGUACAAGACUUCUAUACCAAAGUAUUGACAGAGGAAGAGCGCAAGAGACUCUGUGAGAAUAUUGCUGGCCAUCUUAAGGAUGCUCAGCUUUUUAUUCAAAAGAGAGCUGUGAAGAACUUUACUGAUGUUCAUCCUGAGUAUGGCACGUGCAUUCAAGCCCACUUGGACAGACACAAUGCUAAAGGCUCCAACAAGGGUACUGUAAACAUCUAAACAAGUUUCAUGACAGACUGAAAAGAACUAAUCUCUAAAUGGCAUGAUCUUGGAUUACCAUUCCUGCUGAUCAGAACAUUAUCUCAUGAAAUGAAUGCUAGUCUAACUGAUCAAAUGUUUCCAUGUUUUGUAGAAUGAUCUUUUCACAGCAAGGAGAAACAUUUAAGUUUGUAUUUGUGAUAAAAAUCCAAAUAUAACCAUAUAAAAUGAGGGCCCUUCCACACAGCCAUAUAACACAGAAUAUCAAUGCAAAUAAAUCCCACAAUAUCUGCUUGAACUGGGAUAUCCACACUGCCAUAUAUUCCAGUUCAAAGCAGAAAAUGUGGGAUUUUAUUCAGUUGUGUGCCUAAAACAAUUAUUUCUAAAUUUCUUAGGGAGGACUAUACUUAAAUACUUAAGUGUUAGAUUGUAUAGGUGCUAAAACUUUUUUUUGUUGAUUACGGUGGUGUAUUUGAGACAUUAGAUUGAAAACAUAAUCUGGAUUAUAAUUAUAAUACUUAGUCUAAAAUAAAAAUAUUCUAAUGAAAUGAGUUUUGUAUUUUUAUAUCUCAGGCACUUCCAAACAAGCCCUAUGUCGCAGGAUCUGAUCCCAAGUUUUCAGCAUUAAACUGGAUUAUAUGAGUCACCACUGCCAGAUAAUCUGGGUUAAGCAGAAAACCUGGGAUCAGAUCCUGGGAUAUAGGGCCUGUCUGGAAGGGCCCUCAGCUGUGUUUUAACAUUUAAUAUAGUCUUGAAACUUUUUACAGGCAUUUUCUUUUAAUGUGAUUUCAUUGGGCCAACUAUUUUCCGGGCACAGUGACAUGGCACAAACUACACUUAGAACUAUGAAAUACCAAUCAUGCUGUUAUCUGAAUGACUUUAAAACCUUUUUUGCAUUUGAUGAGAAAGGUUGUUUGGUUAUACAGACUUCCAACAACCAAACAAUAUUUGAAUAGAAAAUAGAUAAUAACUUGCAGCUGUAAACAAGAGUUGACCUCACCAUUUUACCACAGCAUUGUAUCUAAUGGAUUUGAGGAUCCAGGAUUUUUAUUUUAUAGAUGAAGUUCUAGAAAAGGAUUGAAGGAAUAUUAUACCAGGGUAUCUCAAUGGUAGAUGCAGACAAGGGCUCUUCUUCUGUUCCCUUCGAUCCCCAAAACAGAAGGAAUGCAUAAUUUAGGGUGGGGUAUGUGGGUAAGAGUAAAAACAGACAUGGACUUGAAUAACAUUUACAUAUGCUAAUUUGUAUAUGUGCAUAUGAAAAUUUAUACCUGAGCUUGGAGUUCAAAAACAUUGCUUUUCCAGCCUUUGAAGGCCCUUCAACACAGCAAUAUAAUGCAGAAUAUCAAGGCAGAUAAUCCACAAUAUCUGCUUUGAACUGGAUUAUGUGAGUCCACACUGUCAUAUAAUCCAGUUCAAUGUGGAUUUUAUACAGCUGUGUGGAAGGGGUCUGAGUUACACACAAUGUAACCAGAACUACAAUGUAUAUCAACAAGAGUGGGGAAUAGUUUACUAAUCAAACAAACAAAUGCAAACAGCCUGAACGUCUUAGGUACAACAAAAAUGUUGUUCUGGGGAAAGAGAUACACUAGGGAAUACAGGAGAUUCCAAAGAUUUCUUGUGGAAAUACAUUUCUGUUUUAAAUAAUG